UACUCGCCAAAACCGGUGCAGGGUUUUAGCUUCGUAGAACCCUUACAGUUACAGUUACAGAGCCGGCGAGAGUGAGGAACUAAGGAAGCAAGGAACCCUAAACAUUAUUUUCCGAUCAUUUCGAUUAUUAAUUAAAAAGGAACAUGGCAUCCGCCGCCGGCGCCACCGCGAGGUCGAUUUUCCGGUCAUGCUCUGCUCGCCGCGCCGCUUUCCGUCUCGGCGCCGAAGCUAAAGCAGCUCGUUCUCCGUUCCGCCUUGGCUCAAACAAACCUCUGCCACAAUCCAUGCUUAGGUGUCCUGCGGAAUUGAGCUUCUGUGUGGAAUCAAUGCUGCCUUACCAUACGGUCACUGCAUCAGCACUGAUGACUUCCAUGCUCGCUGUCUCUCGCCGCAGUUAUGGUUGGCUCUCGGAAGAUUGCAAUGAUGAUGUGUGAUUAGUGUUCUGAAGAUGCAAGCAAUCUUUUAUGUACAAAUCUGCUUCGUGAGGCAGUGUCUUGACUGAGCCAUCUGUACUUCUUUUUCUAUUUCAGAUGCAUAAAAGGAUGCUACUUUAUCCACCUUGAUUUUAGUUUCUGAAGGCAAAUAAGCUGAAAAUGUAUUGCGCAUCGUUGGAUAAAGUUUUGACUUAUUUGUCCUUGUUUAGAAAUUUCAAAUUGGAUCAGCUAGGGAGGUUUAGUGAAUGUUAGAGCUGGAUUAUGUAGUCAAACUUCUACAUUCAACUUCAACUCUUAAAGGGUGCCUAUUAAGCAUCCUUCUUUAUAUGGCUGAUCCAAAUUCAUCUAGUAUACACUUUCCUUUUUCUCAAUUACUUACUGCGAAUAAGUAGGUCUCAUAUUUUUGUU